AUGUCGAGUGACAAGCGCGAAGUGUGGGCCAAGGCCGCUACCGACGAGUUCAAUUCCAUGCGCGACGACUUCAAGGUCUUCACCAUCGAGGACCGAUCCACGGUACCAGCGGGUGCGACCAUCGUCACAUCCAAGUUCGUCUGGAAAACGAAACGGAAUGCACUCGGCGAAGUCACCGGCCACAAGGCACGGCUCGUGGCGCAGGGAAAUCGGCAACGCGACGGCAUCGACUUCAACGAAACCUUCGCACCAGUCGCACGCUUCUCCUCGAUACGCUCACUCCUCGCGCUGGCGGCCGCCAACGGCUUGCACGUGCACCAGGCGGACAUCGACAAAGCCUAUCUGCAUGGCGACCUUGACCAUGACAUCUGGAUGACGACACCGCGCGGCUUCGACCUUCCCACCGACAAGGUGCUUCGUCUGCGACGCUCCAUCUACGGACUCAAACAGGCUGGCCGAAUCUGGAAUCGACACAUCGACGCAUCGCUUCGAGAUCUCGGCUAUACGGCGACGGGCACCGACCACUGCGUGUACUCUCGGAUCGACGAUCGGCGACGCCCACACUACAUCGCGCUGUACGUCGACGACCUCCUGAUGAUCAGCCCCGACUUGGCCGAAAUUGAACGUGUCAUCUCGGGCCUCGAACAACGCUACGGCGUCAAGCGCCUCGGCCCGGCAGAGUACAUCCUCGGCAUCCAGAUCAGGCGACUCGAAGACGGUUCUAUUGCCCUGUCCCAGGAACGGUACAUCAUGGACGUGCUUGCUCGGUUCCACUUCGACACCACGACUCGCGGCACUACAGUCCCGAUGACCCCCGGCCUUUCGCUCACCGCCAUCCCGGGUCAAGGCACCGAACGGAUCAGGUCAUGGUAUCUGCAGGCUAUCGGCUCGCUCCUCUACAUUUCGCUCGGCACCCGCCCCGACAUCGCCUUCGCCGUGUCCUACCUGGCCCGCUUCGCCAACAACCCUGGACGUCGUCACUGGAUCGCGGUCAAGCACAUCCUCCGCUAUCUCCGGGCCACAUAUCGCGACGAACUGGUUUAUGCUUGCGGCGAGACACGCAUCACGGGCGUGGUUGGCUACUCCGACGCGAACUGGGGGGCCUGCGUCGAUACGUCGGUGUCCACUAUGGGCUACGUCUUCUACAUUGCCGGAUCCGCCGUGUCUUGGUCGUCCAAGCUAUGA